AAAGCGGACGGUCGAACGGCAAAAGUGUUCCCAAAACUCAAUCGUAAUCGUAGUCAAAUUCGAGUUUAUAUUUGUGUAAAAUUGAAAGAGACACGUUUUCAAAAAUCGAAACAAACGAACAACCAGUAACCAGUAACUGAAAAAUAUAUCUCUAGCAUGGCAUCUUGCAAGCCGCUUUCCGUAAAACUAAAACUCCCAAAUCGUGUCCAACCCGAGUUUAUACCGCAUCCCGGAAUGGCGGGUCGUUAUACCAAUAAGUUGCAUUACUUCAAGAAGCAUUUGCUCGACGAGGCUCGCAAGAAGAAGUAUGCCUUGGACUUCUUGGAGCCCGUGGACACGGAGGCUCUGAUGGUGCCCACAUACUACACGGUUAUCCAUCGUCCCAUGGAUAUCGGUACCAUUGUGAAAAGAGUUCAGAACAACUACUAUAAAUCUGUCAAUGAAGCGAUUGCCGAUUUCAAGCAAAUUAUUAGCAAUUGCUUCCUAUUCAAUCGAUCCGGCGAUGUCGUUUACCGCAAGGGCCAGAUGCUGGAGAAGUUCUUUCACAAGAAACUCCGAGGCAUGCCGUCUGGUCCAGAGGUGCCCUGCAAUAGGGAUCCCAAGGCGGUGGGCAGGCCUAGGACCAAUGCUCCUAGUUCCGCGCAGACGGAACGCAAGUGCCGGGAAUUAUUGAAGAAGUUGCAGAGCAUCACCAAUCAGACAGAUGCCAUGACGCGCAAUUUCUUCAGUAACAAGUGGGAUUCGUUGCAAAAGAAAGUUGAUCGCCAGUACUUCAAGUCUGUCAAUGAAUUUUGCUUGCAUGUGGAUGGCUGCUUUAGAAAGUACCACGAACCGGCUAAAAUCCUCUACGAAAGAGUCUUUAAUCAGCCGGCGGCUUGGUGUACUUCCAUGAAUGGAAACUCAUCGCUGGAAUCUGCUUUGAAUGCCGCAGAUCUAAAUGAACUACUGGCUGCCGCCAAGUUAACGGUAAAUAGCUUGAUGCAGUGCGUCCAAAUGCCCGGUUCCGGGGAACCUCUGACAGCCAAGAGUUUGGUGGAGACUUUCUGUGACACCUUAAACAAGAUGAUAAACAAAAUGGAGGCAGGUCAACGAAAUUCUCCAAACCCAUCAUCUAGCAAACGACAGAAGAUGAGCCCCGAGCAGGAAACGGAUUUGGUCCAAGGCGAAUUUAAGCCAGCUAUGGAGUUGUUAAGUGGAAAUGAAAUAGAUAACCUCAUGGCAGUUAGCAUUGAAUCCUCAGAUGAUGAAGCUAUCGAUGCCUCAAUGCGUAUCACUGACGCGGAUCGAUGUGCCACACAGAAAUUAUUUGCCAAGCUUCCGACAAACGCCAUGAAGGAGAUAAUUCACAUGGUCCAGCAAAUCGAAGGAUUUUCCUCAGAGAACUGUGGAGAUCUGAGCUUCGAUGUCAAAGGUCUCGCCACGGAUACUAUGAUCAUGAUGAAAAGUGCCGUCACCAAGGCAACUAGGGCCCAUAGCAAGCUGAAGCUCAAGGACAUGCAGCCUUCGGAAAAGGAAGGACUUCAGCGGGCACUGCAGUCGCAGCUGGUGAACAUUACACGGAUGCUCAACAAAAAUCGUCGCCGAUGUGGUCCCUUGAUCAAUUUCAGGAAUAAAAACAACACUGCCAAUAACGUGGUGCGUAAGAGAGCAACUGCUCCGCUAACCGCCAAAUUGAAGCCGCUACAGGCUAAUGUAAUGGCUCCACAAUUGGGAGCAGGUGUUGUUGAGACUCACAAUCUGAGCGAUACCAGCGACGAUGACGUCUCCGCUCCGGUAAAACUGUCGGCUAUUGGUGGCACUCCAAUGAGGAAUCUCCCAAUAAAUAGUAAUCCUUUGCAAAUGCAACCCAUCAGAUCCCCCCCCAAGUUGCCACACGUUGUCGAACUCCAGAUGAGCAGCAGCAGCAGCAGCGAGUCGGAAAUGAAAUCCAAGUCCGGCAGACUUUCUAGGUCCAGGUCCAGGUCCAUGUCCGACACCAAGUUGAGACCCAGGUCAAACUCCAGCGCCAGCUCUAGAUCUAACUCUAGUUCUAGCUCUGGCUCCAACGCUGGCUCCAGCUCAGGGUCGCGCUCCAGAUCAAGCUCCAGUUCCAGUUCAUCUUCGAACAACAGCUCCGAGUCCAACGAUUCCUCUGACGUUGAAGUGGUCCCCAAUGUACCCGAAGGACAGCUGAGGGCCUAAUCCUCAUAAAGAAGUCUUAUGAAUUCUUGCAUUUUAUGUAUAUGUAAAAAAAAGGGGGGUUUCACUACAAAUAUCCCAAAUAUAAGAAAAUAAAAACUGUAAACACCUAUAUUACACAUUCAUGUGUACAUAUAUGGUUGGACAAGAAACU